AUGGCUGACAAAUUAAUUAAGAGACGUAGCUCAAUGAAGGCUAAGCUUACCAGCUUUAGUAAUUAUUUAGAAAUAGUAAAAAGUUGCGAAAUUCUUUCCGAAUUGCAAAUUAUUGAAUUAGAAAGCCGUUUUGACAAAUAUAAUGCCUUGUACUCGGAGUAUGACGAAUUACAGACCGAGAUCGAGACUUUGGCGGAUAAACCGGAGGAGGCCUACGCCAUGAGGACACAGUUCGAAGAGCAGUAUUAUGCGUUGCUUGCGGUGGCUCGGAGCUUGCUGAAUAAGGGUAGCAAGCGUCGUGACUCUGCAGGUUCUGUAACCGGUUCCGAAGCAUCAAUGACAGGUAGGACUAAAAACAAUUUUAUUAGAUUACCUAAAAUUAAUUUGCCUCACUUUGACGGCAGUUAUCAGUGCUGGCUAGAGUAUAGAGACACGUUUAAUUCUCUUAUUCAUGAAAAUACUUGUAUUGACGAUAUUAAUAAGUUCCACUAUUUGCGAGCCUCUCUAAAGGGUACAGCUGCAGAAAUAAUAAAAAAUAUAGAUUUUAAAGGCGAUAAUUACAUCAUCGCUUGGAAUUUAAUUUGCGAACGGUACAACAAUAACCGUUUACUUAUAAACAACCAUGUCCAAGCUUUAUUUAAUGUAGAACCGUUAUCAACGGAAUCUAGUGUUUCUUUACGACGUCUUGUUGACGUCACUAAUAAAAAUAUAAGAGCCCUUAAAACAUUAAAUGAACCCACGGAGCAUUGGGAUACUCUCAUCAUUUAUAUGAUGUCUAUAAAACUGGAUUUACAUACCAGUAGAAAGUGGGAGGAGUACCGCAAUACUUUGGCCGAUAAUUCACCUACUUUAUCACAGUUUUGUACAUUUAUAAAUAACACAGCUGAUUUACUCGAAACAUUACAGGAUAAUAUUAAACACAAUAAAACACUUUAUACAAAUAAAUUAGAGAAAAAUAAUAACACAAAAAGCUUCAUUGUUACAUCAGAAAAUUCAAAAGGCAAGAAUACUUCUGCUAAUAACUCUAAAUUUAAAUGUCCCAUGUGUUCCGGUAAACAUUUUUUAUAUAGCUGUGAAUCUUAUAGAAAACUACCUAUAGAAUCACGUAUUCAAAAGGCUAAAGAUUUUAAAGUUUGCAUGAACUGUUUACGUAUCGGUCAUGUUGAAAAACGAUGCAAGUUUUCACAUUGCAGAUAUUGUUCAAUCAAACACAAUACCUUAUUGCACAUAGAGCGGACAGACAUACCAGCUGUUUUGGACCCAUUGCCUAGUACAUCUGAAAGUGUUUCGCUUUCAGCAAACACCUUAAAUUUACAGCCUACUACUCGUACAAAUGUUUUGCUUUCCACAGCGCUGGUGAGGGUGGUCAACAGUGCAGGCAAGAAGUACGAUGCCCGUAUCCUGUUGGACAAUGGUAGCACAGCCAAUUUCAUUAGCGAGAGCCUUUGUAAUAAGCUGCGUUUACCCCGAAGCGAUGCAUACUCAAAGGUUACAGGUAUUAAUAAUCAAACCAGCACUAGUGUACAAUCUUGCAAUUUAAAAAUCGAGUCACUUUAUGACGAUUACACCGUCGAUAUUGACUGUUUUAUCUUACCCGAGAUCACGCGACUAUUACCGUCAUCUCGUAUUAAUAUUAAAGACGUGGUAAUCCCAGAGGGUUUAAAAUUAGCUGAUCCCUCUUUUCACAUUCCAUCAGUUGUGGAUAUAUUGGUGGGUGCAGACGUCUUCUGGAGUGCUAUCAAGCCUAAUCAUAUAAAUUUAGGCAAAAAUCAACCGAAGUUAUGUGAAAGUAAGUUGGGCUGGUUAAUAUCUGGCUCCGUAUCUUACAAUUCACGCUCAUCUCGUUCGCAUUCUUGCAAUCUGCUCAAUAUUGAAUGUAAUAAUGCUUUGUCUAAAUUUUGGGAGCUAGACUCCAUUAAUGAAAAGCAUUCUCUUUCAUUAGAAGAACGAGCAUGCGAAGAAUGUUUUUAUAAAAAUAUUACACGAAAAGACGAUGGUCGCUUCGUAGUUACAAUACCUCUGAAGGCGGAACCUUCUACAUUGGCUCAGCGUGAAAUGUUCCCAGAGGAGUACGCUUUACUUAAAUCGGGGAAGGCACUAUCUCAUAAAAACAGGUUAAUAGCACUUACUCCCUUCAUUGACGGUGAAGACAUUAUUCGCGUGGGGGGCAGGCUCGUCAAUUCCCACUACGAGUUUGAUGUUAAACACCCGAUCUUGCUUUGUGGCCCACAGUUGCUUUUGGCCAACAUUCGUCAAACUUACUGGCCAUUAGGUGGGAGAAAUUUGGCUAGAUCAACUGAUAAAAAUGUUGCAGCUGAAUUGGCUCAGGAGGGCAUUGAAUUUUCAUUUGUGCCAGCCUAUUCCCCCCAUUUCAAUGGAUUAGCCGAGGCUGCCGUCCGUUCUACAAAAUACCAUCUAAAAAGGUUGCUCACACUCACUCACUUAACUUAUGAGGAACUAGCUACGUGCCUAACUCAGAUAGAGGCAAUAUUGAAUUCUCGUCCUUUGACUCCACUUUCUACUAAUCCCCUUGAUCUCUGUGCCCUUACUCCUGCUCACUUCCUGAUUGGACGCUCACUAAUGUCUGUUCCAACUCCACAGGUUACAGAUACUAACAUCUGCCGCCUGGAGCGAUAUCAACGAGUGGAAUACCUCAAACAGCACUUUUGGAGGAGAUUUAAUUUAGAAUAUCUUUCCAUUCUUCAGCAGAAGACCAAGUGGGCUACAUCAUCCGACAGUCUUGCUAUCGGAGCGCUUGUUCUUAUAAAGGAUAAAGCGCUCCCACCUUUAUGCUGGUCAUUGGGGCGCGUCGUGCAAGUCUACCCAGGCAGCGAUGGAAUCAACAGGGUCGCCGAGUUGAAGACCAAGCGUGGCACCAUCCGGCGUGCUUACAACAAUAUUUGUCCUUUACCUAUUUCUUGA